AUGGCAAUCAAGUCAAACGCCCUUCGUAUUCGCGGAGAUGCCACCAACGAUGAGGACCAGGUCUGGCAAGAUCUAAGAAUCGCGAUAUCUCACUUGAAGGACCAUGAGAAUAUCAGAAUCCUGCAUAAUAUGGCAACGAUCACGCUAGUUGGCAAGCAUAUGAUACGGGCAUUAGGCGUGACUGGACAGAUGAUCGCCACGUUGAGCACAAAUAACAUCAGGGUUGAGAUGAUUGCGCACGUGAAAGAGCAGGAUGCGGGAACUGUAGUAGCUCUUCUGCACGCUGCAUUUUUCACAACUCUGGAAGAUCAGCCAUUUCCCACAGCACUAAAGCCUUGCCCGCGAAUUCACUCUGUCACUACGGCUGCCGCCGAAGAUAUCACACUGAACCACUCUCUAGUGGUUCCACGUAACAGCAUCAACAAGGCCACCUACAUAGAACGAUUCCCCUUAUCCCAAGGCAAGAUUCCGGCCUUAGAGGGUCCUGGCGUUAAGAUUACGGAGACAAUUGCUAUAUGCUAUUACUUAUCUAAACUCAACGCAAAGAAUCAUCUCCUUGGUUCAGCUGGCACUCUGGUCCAAGAGUCCGCUGUGCUUCAGUACGCCAGCUUCGCGAAUCAGGAGCUUUUACAGACCCUCGCACGCUGGUUCCUCCCUCUAAUACCAGGCUUCGCAGAUCCUGCCCCGUACAAUUACGAGGCAGUUGAACAAGGAAAGCGAUCAAGUCUAGAGCUGCUAGACAAGCUUGAUGCAGUACUCAGUCAAGUAACAUGGCUUGUGGGUGACAGUCCGACGCUUGCCGAUAUCUUUGUUGCUAUCGCUUUGAGCCGGGGCCUGCAGUGGGUACUGGGCCGGAAGUGGAGAGAGGCGCACCCUGGUGCUAUGUCACAUUUUGAGCGGGUACGAAACUGGGGACCUGUAGCUCGGACAAUUCCUGAUUUUGAGCUUGUAGAGGUAGAGCCGCCGAACGCUUUGCCUACGAAAGUGAAAUGA